UAUAUAGUUUGAUGAUUAGCGUGCAUGGCAUGGGUGAGAGUACUAGUUUUGUGUAUAUAUAAUAUAAAUAAUAAUAAAAGCUUUUGAGGUGGAUUGCUAAGUGCAAAUCUACGCGUUAGGGUUCAUUCCCUGUCUUCCAAAUUCUUCCAAAUCCAUCAUCUAGCUUUCUUUCCAUUGAUAAAUUCUACUAGUUGUUUCAACGCAGGUGUAAACCACAUAAGCUUGCUUCAGCGACCUUCGCCCCUCUUUCUGACGCGUUAGGGUUGAUUCCCUUUCUUCCAAAUCCAUCAAUUUUUGAUCGACGAUGAAGAAUUCCGACGAGAAACGGCUUCUUGUGAAACGUAUCAAUGGAGAGUUGGGUACGUAUCAUUUAACUGCUCUUUCUCCGCGAGAUUUAUCUGAAAUCCGCGAGGAAAGUUUCGACCUCCCUUUUCUGCAUCAAACGGAGGAUAUUGAUUUUAACUGUUGCGAGGGUUUGUUGUGUAUCUACGAAGUUUCUGGCCAUAUUUAUCUUUGCAACCCCACAACCAAACAGUUUCAGUUCUUUCCUACCGAGGAAGCCUGUCCAUUUUUUAAGAAUAGCACCACGUUGGUUGCUGCUUGUGUCUGCUAUGAUUCUAAAUCUGAUGAUUACAAAAUCCUAAGAGUUAUUAAAAGUAUUAACCGUAGGACGUACGAAACUUUUGAAUUGUAUUCAUUAAGACAGAAUUCUUGGACGGAGGUUGGGAGUCCUAGGCGAGAAGGUUGUUAUCUUAAUAGUUUUAGCGCUAUACCUGUUGGAGGUAAGUGUUAUUGGUUUGUUGGGGAUUGUGACAUGGUUGCAUCGUUCGAUUGUAUUGAGGCAAGCUUCUCUUACUUUGAUUUACCACCAAACUCUGAUCACUUUUACUGUGAACUUGUCCAGUUUAAUGGUGGAGAUUCGUUAGGUGUUGUUCGCAUUAAAAAUUAUGAACCCGGUCAUUACUAUGAGCUUUGGGUAUGGAAAGAAGAUUUGUUGCUCUGGAAUAGAGAGCUUAAUGUCUCUCUUGGUGGUGCUCUUACUGGAGCCCAGGGGACUAUAUACGGUUCAUUCUUCUUUCUUCGUGGAAUAGCUGGCAAACCGGAUGAGCUCACACAUCGUCUAGUAGCUUACGAUUGGAAUAAGAAAGUGUGCAUGGAACUUGGUAUUUAUAAUUCUGACUUUCGAACCGAUGUUCUCUGUUAUGUUGAGAGCACCGUUGUGCUGCCCCACUCAAUCUGUGGAUCCGGCUUUCUUAAUAAUCCUUGUGUUCCUUUCGUCAAGGACAAGGACGAGGACGAGGACAACGUCAUGAAGUUGGCUCUUGAUGAUUUUUAUAAAAACGGUUUUCGCAUCCUUAAUGAUAUAGCGAAGGAGGAGGAGAAGCAGGUUGAGACAAAUGGGAACGUGCCAUCUGUAUAUAAAUCUCCCGUUUAUGUAUAUAGGCAGUCUCCUUUUGACCCAUACAAGGCUAUUCGUCCCAAUGUAGCUGCAAAGAUAUUGUGUGAAGGUGGGGUUAAUAUGGGGACUGGCGAACAGCAUUCUGCAUCAAGUAUUACAAGUGAAGCUGCACCGACUCCCCAGAUUAUAGGCCCUCAAGGAUUGGAGAACAAGGGCCAAUCGUCAAACACAUCCCUACUCGAUGGCGAGUGCAUUUUGCAGAGAAAGGGGGAAGCCAAGCUUCACUCAGUUGAUGAACUUAAAAUUAGCAUAUUUUCAGUUGAGCCGGGCUCAGGGCAUACUAUGGCAGUAGAGAUGGUAAAUGAUGUCACAACUCCACUGGAUUUGAGCAGGUGGAGGCCAACGGAGGAGGUUACAUGUAAAAAAUGUUAAGCCCAAUGUGCUGAGUGGGAGUGCUUCUAAUGAUGAGAGUUGGUCCUGAUAAAUCAAAGAAGCAAUUGGCUGAUGAAAAACCUGAUGCACUAAAUAUCUCUACAGAUCGGUGUAACAGAGUUGAUUUUCAAGUGGAAUAUGCAAAGGCAAAGUUUUUCGUAAUCAAGGCACGUACUAAGAAUUAGGGGUGAGCA